AUCUUUUUGAGCGCGAGGUUAGACAACCUAACACGUAUGGCUGUACUAGACAUUCGAUCACGUCCUACAAAACUGUAUGCCGACGUAAAUCUCGUGUACAGCUCUGGUAAGGGCUUCGCAUAUGCUACGCCGUUCUGUGACCAAUUUAGCUCUAAUUCGUGUCAGCCUCCAGUCCAAGGCCAUACUUAUUAACAUGUCAACCACAUACCCACCCUGUCUCUUACACUCCACCAUCAGUGUUCAAGUGGGGCAUCUUUGACUGCCGACGUGCCAAUCCGAUCUUCAACACUACCAUGGCCCCUUCGAGCAGCACCGCUUCUCCUACAGCAACUGCCACAUCCUCCGCGGACCAGUCACAUAAGCGUGUUUUCCCAUUCGCAGCGCUCAUUUUGCUUGCUUUGUGCAUCGCAUACAUCAUUGGUUACCUCGUCUACCAUCGGAUCCUGAAUUCAUGGAACGCUAGGCAGAACGCGGAGAAGGUGCAGAACUUCCCAAACGAGUUUUUUGAGAAGAAGCCGAGAAGUACGUCCGAUAAUCUGUCAGCCACUUUGCGUCGAACUCACGAGAUGAUGAUGACCAUGAAGGACCGCCUCGCUUCACAUGGACUCAGAGCAUACGGAAGAGCGAGGCUAUUGGAGAAAAUGCAGAGUCAGAGGCAUAUGUGCGUGGCAGCCUCAUCGUGCAUGCAUUUACUCAACGAUUUUCUCUUCCAGCAUUCCUUUUCGAGCUCCCCUGAUGGGAAACCCCUCGUUUCACCACCGCCUGUAGCUGUGAUCAAAGAGAACGCGUCCAGUGGUCCAGCUGUCACCCAAUCGCACAGGGACGUUCGCGCUACAUUUCCCGAGCGUAUUGCAAGAGCUGCUAGGGAGAAGGGGUCGCGAGUGCUCUCGCGUGGUCGUGUGACAGAAAUUGAAGCUGAUCCAAAGCUCGCACCUGUGCAGGGGCCACUCAGACCACUCUCGAUCUUGUCGUCAAAGAACAAGGAGAGACAACGAGUUUCAUUCAAUUUAGUGUAAAGUCUUGGUCCAGUUUGUUUAUUCGUCGUUCGUUUGUUGUAUUUUGUUUGAUUCUAUUUUGUUUUGGGGUUGU